UCCGGAACGACGUCUGUCAAAAAUCGAACGAACAAACAAAAAUAAUCACAGUGGAGAGGUGACAGGGCUGCGUUAAGUGAAAUUUCGGCAUAUUGGGGCCCCCACAGCUUGACAAUGGAGAUUGCGAACGCGGUUGGCAGCGCGUCGACUGUUCCACGAACGCCCCGCGUCAUGAUGGAAGGCGUUGGGGCGCGUGUGAUACGCGGACCCGACUGGAAAUGGGGCAAACAGGAUGGCGGUGAAGGCCACGUGGGUACAGUGAGAAAUUUCGAGUCACCGGACGAGGUGGUCGUAGUUUGGGACAACGGAACGGCCGCAAAUUACCGUUGCUCGGGUCAGUACGACCUGCGAAUUUUGGACAGCGCGCCCACUGGCGUGAAGCACGAGGGCACGAUGUGCGACACGUGCCGCCAACAACCCAUAUUCGGUAUACGAUGGAAGUGCGCCGAAUGCGGUAACUACGACCUGUGCUCGGUCUGCUAUCACGGCGACAAGCACCAGCUGCGCCACCGCUUCUACCGCAUCACGACGCCAGGCACGGAACGGGCCUACUUGGAGACCCGUCGCAAGUCGAAGAAGAUCGCGGUCCGCGGCAUAUUUCCAGGUGCGAGGGUCGUACGGGGCGUCGACUGGCAAUGGGAGGACCAGGACGGCGGCAACGGCCGUCGCGGCAAGGUGCAGGAGAUCCAGGACUGGUCGGCAGCUAGUCCUCGGUCUGCCGCCUAUAUCGUGUGGGACAACGGCUCCAAGAACUUGUACCGUGUCGGCUUCGAGGGCAUGGCCGAUCUGAAGGUCGUCAACGAUGCUAAGGGUUUCACUGUUUACCGAGAUCACCUUCCCUGUCUCGGGGAACAGGGGCCCGGGCGACAGGCGCCGCCUGGCAUUAAAAUUGGUGACCAAGUCAGCGUAGAUCUGGAACUGGAAAUUGUACAGUCUCUCCAACAUGGACAUGGGGGCUGGACUGACGGAAUGUUUGAGUGUCUCAGCAAUAUGGGCACUGUUGUGGGGAUUGACGAGGACCACGACAUCGUGGUGGCCUACAGCAGUGGCAACCGUUGGACCUUUAAUCCUGCAGUACUCACCAAGGUUGCAACCCCCACAAACUCAGCCGGGUUCAACGAAACACCCCAGCAACAAUUCGCUGUAGGAGAUUUAGUUCAGAUCUGUCCUGACAUUGAAAGAGUUAAAAUGCUGCAGCGAGGACAUGGAGAUUGGGCAGAUGGAAUGACUGCUACCCUGGGCAAAGUGGGCCACGUGCAGCAAAUCUACAACGACAACGACCUAAAGGUGGAAGUCUGCAACACAACCUGGACCUACAACCCCUUGGCGGUAACCAAGCUGGCGAGCAAAGACGGCACCGUACACGGGACAACAAGCGGAGAACGCUUGAGUGCCCUGCUGAAGAAACUAUUCGAAACUCACGUGUCUGGCGACGUGAAUGAAGAACUCGUUAAAUCGGCAGCUAACGGCGACGCCCAGAAGUGCGAAGAAGUGUUGAAGCAAAGCAACUCAGCGGGUGCAGGAAUCGGUCCAGAUGUAAACGGCGUCUUCGCCGGCCACACCGCUCUACAGGCGGCGAGUCAGAACGGCCACCUCGAAGUCAUUACGGUGUUACUGCGCUCCCAGGCCGACGUCGAGAUUGAAGACAAAGAUGGUGAUAGGGCCGUACAUCACGCCGCCUUUGGUGAUGAACCGGCGGUGGUGCAGCUCUUGGCUCAUGCUGGGGCAGACCUGAAUGCCCGCAAUAAACGACGUCAAACAGCCCUGCAUAUUGGCGUCAACAAGGGACACAUCGGAGUCGUCAAGAUGCUCCUCGACCUCGGCUGUCAUCCGUCACUACAGGAUCUGGAAGGUGAUACACCACUUCACGACGCCAUAUCGAAGAAACGAGACGACAUGCUGACGCUGCUCCUGGACCACAACGCCGACAUAACCCUGACCAACAACAACGGUUUCAACGCCCUGCAUCACGCCGCACUCCGGGGAAAUCCAAGUGCGAUGAAAAUACUGUUGUCGAAACUGCCGAGACCAUGGAUUGUGGAUGAGAAGAAGGACGACGGAUACACUGCCUUGCACUUAGCAGCCUUAAAUAAUCAUGUGGAAGUUGCGGAACAGCUUGUACUCAGCGGAAAGGCGAACAUGGACCUUCAGAACGUCAAUUUACAAACUGCCCUUCAUUUAGCCGUUGAAAGGCAACACACUCAGAUCGUCAGACUUUUAGUGAGAGAAGGGGCUAACCUGAACAUCGCAGACAAAGAUGGUGACACGCCACUUCAUGAGGCGCUUCGCCAUCACACCUUGUCGCAGCUUCGCCAACUCCAAGAUGUACAAGACGUAGGCAAACUGUUGAUGGGCUUAGGCACCCAAGGUUCGGAUAAAAAGUCUUCCGCCAGCAUUGCCUGUUUUCUUGCUGGAAACGGGGCCGACCUCACCAUCAAGAACAAAAAAGGACAAACCCCAUUGGACCUAUGUCCAGAUCCCAAUCUGUGCAAGACCCUGACGAAAUGUCACAAGGAAAAACAAAGUGGAGAAAUGGAGAUGGGCUCCAAUCAGAACAAUCAGAAUCAGAACAUCAGUUCCACCUUGGACGAGUGUCUGAUUUGUUCUGAUGCCAAAAGGGAUAUAUUAUUUCAGCCUUGUGGACACAUUUCUUGUUGUUCUGCUUGCGCACCUCGUGUUAAGAAGUGCCUUAUUUGCAGGGAGUCGGUUGUCAACCGCAUCAAAAUAGAAGAAUGUCUCGUGUGUUCAGACAAAAAGUCUUCCGUUCUAUUCAAGCCUUGCGGCCACAUGUGCGCAUGCGAAAGUUGCUCUCUAAUCAUGAAAAAAUGCGUGAUGUGUCGCUCUCAGAUCGAAUUAAUGGUACCGAUGACAGUGUGCAGUGGAGGGUUGGGCACGAUUUCGGAAGUGAAGGCUGACGUGGAGGACGACGUCAAACCGUCGACCAGCGACGCUCCUCCAGCUCCUCAAGGACCACUCAUGAACAAUGGGGGAAGGGAUACUAAUAAUACCAAUGACAUUCAAAAAUUGCAACAACAACUGCAAGAUAUUAAGGAACAGACAAUGUGCCCCGUUUGCUUGGAUAGGUUAAAGAAUAUGAUUUUCUUAUGUGGACAUGGAUUGUGUCAAAUGUGUGGAGAUCAGAUGACGGAAUGUCCGAUUUGCAGGAAACAAGUAGAAAAACGUAUCCUGCUUUAUUAAAUCUGGCAACUAAAGCAAUUAUUCAAUCUUCCAACAUUUUAAGCAAAACACUCUUCUGCUGUAUUAUACUUAUGUUAUUUAAGUAAUUUGUUGUAAUUGUAAUUGUAAUUGUUAAGUUGUCUGUAGGUUAGCUGAUGUCAUAAAUAUCACUGGUUAUAUAUAUUAUCAUUUAAUUAUUUAUGUUUAAUUGCAUCGUUGCUUGAAACUCUCAUAUUUUGUAUGAUUUCGUUUAAAUAAAGGCAUUUAAU